AGGGCUCACAACUCUCUUGUAACUCCAACCGUUUGAUAGACAAAAAAAUCAAUGGCUAUGAAUCAUCAACUGGAAUGAAUGACACUCCCUCCCCCUAUAAAUUACUAAGAUGGAAACAAAGACAGCACACAUCUCCAAAACCACUCUAAUUGUUUUCUUUGGUUUUUUUUUGCUCUCUCAUCAAAUCUCUCUCUCAUGGAGUUCACUACCCAAUAUAGAGAUGAUCUCACUUUCCAGUCGACAAUUUUUCCUGAAAACUAUAUGAAAUCAGGAUUCAGAAACGAGUUUCCUUUAUAUGCUUCUUCAUCUAAAGGAUAUCUCCAAGAUUUUCACCAAAUCGAUCAGUUUCAUGUUGAUGGCUUAUCAUCAAAUUUGAAAUUCGGGAUCAGUUCUCCCUAUUUCAAUCAGUUUGAAACUCUAGCAAAUAGAUCUUCUUCGAGUUUCAAUAUCUUCAAUCCCAUGCCCCUUGUAGAAGGUGGUGCCAUGGUGAACUUUCAUAAUAGGGCAUUCAUGAAUUUUUCCCCUAGAAUUGCGUCCGAGGCCUUGAUUUCCCAAGAUAGGAGCUCGUCUUUGAAUUUUCAAGAUCUAGAGUCAUCUAGCUUGGCAUUUUCAUGCAUUCCUAUAGAAAAUAGGCUUUGUAGGAAGAUAGACAUGAUUAGAAAAAAUACUCCGAGCACAAGCACAAGCACAAGCACAAGCACAGCCCAAAAGAAGGCUAAUCUGAUCAAAGGGCAGUGGACCACAGAAGAAGACAGGCUUUUAGUACGCUUGGUGGAUGAGUAUGGGGUGAAAAAUUGGUCUCAUAUUGCUCAAAAUUUUAACGGAAGAAUAGGAAAACAAUGCAGGGAAAGAUGGCACAAUCAUCUAAGGCUAGACAUCAGGAAAGGUGCAUGGACGGAGGAGGAAGAUAAGAUUAUAAUUGAAGAGCAUGCAAAAGUAGGUAACAAAUGGGCCGAUAUCUCGAAGAAGCUUGAGGGGAGGACAGAAAAUGCAAUUAAGAACCAUUGGAACGCUACUAAAAGGAGGCAACUAACAAAACGAAAAUAUCGAUGUUCAGAUCCUAGAAAAUCAGGUUCUAGUUCUCUUCUGCAAGAUUACAUCCUCAGCUUAACUCAAACUUCAAAUGUUGCAGAUAAUGGAAGUAACCAAGGGAUCAAUUCCAAUUAUGAUAUUAGCAAUCGCCCAGAUAUUUAUUUAGAUAGGAUGAUGUUUCCUGAGGAGAAGAGUCUUGAAUCCAUGUUUGAUGAAUUUCCUCCAGGCACAUCAACAAGUUUGGAGAUGGAAACUCCAUUGGUUAUGGAUUUGCCUCUGCAGGGUGAGAUGAAGAGAGAGUUGGACUUACUGGAGAUGCUCUCUGAGCACAUUGGUUCUAAAUGAAGCAGCGAGAAGAAUAAGGAAAUAAAUUAUACAAUAGAAUUUAUUUUUUUUGGGGGGGGGGGGGGGGUAGACUGUCUUUCUUUGUUUUGGUUUUGUUUGGAGUGAGGAUUGAACUGAAUCUGUAAGCUUUGUCAGUAAUGUUAUGACAUUUGUUAGAAAUUCUCUGUGAAACUUUGGCGUUUUCUAGCCGUUAUGCU